AUGGAAAAAAGUGACAAAGAACAUUUGAUUAGGGAAGAAUCCAAAAGCCCAGAUUUAUGCAUUAAUCCUUUGGAAAAGCCUCCAAAGUGCCUAUCUGUUUCUGUACAUUUUAUUUAGAUAAUCCGUACUUCUAUAGAACAAUCAGCUCCCCAAGUCUUCAAAGUUUACUCAACAGGAGUCCUCAAUUCUCAAAGACUGCCACAAGACCGUACAAUAAGAAUAGGCCGCCAACAAGUGACUGAGGACGGCAAACGACCUAACGACAUAACCCUUCCUGCAACUGACCGUGCUAUAAGCCGAACCCACUGUAUGAUAGAUUGCAAUGAUUUUUUUAAUAAAGAAAUCCCCGACACCUGAAUCGCUUUCCUUAUGGGCUACCACCCUCGUUUAGGAAAAAAAUCAAUACUGCAGUUCCUUCCUCAAGAUCUUUUUAGGUGCAUUUUGAUGUUUAUAAAAGAGGUUAGCUUAAUUUAAUUAGGAUUUAGAAGGGCCCUUUGCAGAUCCAAAAGCCAUAUUUUGCCUUCAUAAGUUUGCCAGUUCGAGUACGACGUCUUAAUGCGUUGCUACUUAUAGAUGAGGGCUUGCACUUACUACCCGUGUGCCAGAGAAGUUGGGUCACCGUACUUCAUGCUGGCGGGGUUCAGUUCCAGAAUUUGAACAAUCGAAUUUUCUGGUCACCUGUCGACCAAAAUGGAACUUUUGGCCUAGGAUGCAACGCCUGGUAUAGCUCUGGAAACGUUCCAGAUCAACAUGAAGAAACCUCACUGGUGCUGUCAGAAUAUCCCUUUCCAACUUUAGUGAAUCAUUUCCCAUGGGAUAAAACCUUGACCUGGAUGUAAGAAUGCGAUCAGCUAAACUUGACACUGCGCUCCACCAACACAAGUAAAAUAUGGCCGGAUAUACAUUAUCGAACACCAUCCUCCCUUCCACAAACCCCUGGCUAAAAGGCUUCAGAUGUUAAAAGGGCGAAUUGGCACAGCACUCAUUUUUAAUAAAUCUCUUUAUAAAAGAGCAAAAAUCUCCUUAUUUGAUUGACUUAGGGAGCAUGUGUGGGACAUAUAUAAGAGUUUCUAAUGAAGAGCCUAUUAAUUUAGAGCCUGGACAGAAUUUUUUGAUCGGGAGCGAUAUUAUAAUAGAAAUUGAUAGAGUUGUAAGCGAGCCUGUGCCGCUUUCGGUUAAUUCUGAACAAACUUUGGAGGAAUAUCAAAAUAUUCCUUAUAAGCUGAAUUAUUUCGAAAAAAAAUUAAAAUUGUGUUUAUUAUAAAAUUGAUAGUAAAAUGCAUACUUUUAAUGACACUGAUAUUGUGCUUGAUGAUAUAGGACCUUAUAUUGCUAUUAAAGUCAGCAGAAACCCAAAUGACAACGAAGAAACAAUGAGCCCGUCGACCUGAAAAUUUGCAGCUGAAGAGAAAUAUAAAGUUUUUACUAUUGGGAGGUCACAAAUCUGUGAUAUUCAGCUGCCAGAAAACACGAUUUCAAGAACACAAUGUAGAAUUGUAUAUGAUGAAGGGAAAUGACAGUUAUUUGAUGGGCUAGAAAGCAAGCCAACGGUAAAUGGGACCUGAUUUUCAGUCUUCAGGAAGAUAAGAAAUGGAAGAGACCACUCAGCGCCAUGUAAAUUGAGUAAUGGAAGCCAAAUAAAAGUGUCUGACACUGUUCUUCAGGUUGAUUGGGAAGCUUAUACUAAUAAAUAA